GAGUAGCUGGCCACGAUGACGGCCAGGAUUCCAAAAUGCGUUACAGGGCGCAGGAUGCAGCGGUAGUCGGCAACCAAAUUUGCAACUGCUUCUUUUUCACCUAUUCUAGAAAAUCUUCGAAUCUCAUCGCGACUUCUAAUCCCAAUAAAAAAGUGUCCCUGAAGAGCUUAAUCGAUAUUGGAUCUUGUGAAAUUUUCGAAGAUAAAAAGAGACCAUCAAUUGACAGCAACACGCGCGUGGUAGAAUCUGGAAUCUUCUCCCUUUCCCCUUCCCGAGCCUUCCCGCGAUACCUUCCCGAUACGGCCGCCACUUUAUUUUUCGCGUCGGCAGUCGUGCUUGUUAGAAAACUUCAUCCGACCUAUGUUCGCCGGAGAGGGAUUCUCCUCUCCUACAUAUCUCUAUUUCCCUCUACUUCUCCCCGAUGCGGUUCCCCAACGAGGACAAUGCGGCCUUGCAUUUCGCCCGCUAACAAUUUCAUUUCGAAGCAUCGUCGUUCGCGUUCGACCGAUAUUCGUGGCGCGACGGCGACGUUGGAACUUCGCUGGAACAUAUUCCGCCUAUGUACUGAGACUCCCGCGCGACAUUCCGGGCUAUUACCCGAUAUUCACCGCGAAAUUAUUAUCGCUCUCGAUACCACGACGAAAGGAGCUUCCGCACAAGCGCGCUCCUAUAAAAUGGCAACCAAUACAGAAUUGCGCGAUCGGGUAAAAAAUGCAGCGGUAUGUCAAUAAUAUGAAGUAAAGAAAAGAAAAUAUUAUUAUGCAAGUCGAAACAUUAAAAGUUAAAUUCUCCAGAGAAAGAAAUUCUCUCGAGGUCGCGAAUUAAGGGUAUUCUUUCUGUGAACCUAAUUAUUUUUA